AAGACAUUUGAGAAGAAAAGAGGUCGGCUGACGGAGAGGAGUGGGAGGUGAGGGUUAAUCAGACACAUCAGACAGACCCGACAUCUAGUAGGGGUCUGCAGUUUUCGGUUUUCAGAAGGGUUUUGAAAAUGUUGAGACUUCCUCUGGUUAGGGCCACUGGCCUGUCCACUGGGAGAAUAGCAACAGCGGGCCUUCAUACAACCACAACACGACCUCAGGCUCCCCAGGAUUUGGUCGAACUCUUCAUCGAUGACAAACCUGUUCAAGUGCCACCUGGCACAACAGUUCUCCAGGCUGCUGCCAAGCUGGGUAUAGAAAUUCCCAGAUUCUGCUAUCACGAACGUUUGGCUGUUGCUGGAAAUUGCAGAAUGUGUCUUGUAGAAAUUGAAAAACAACUCAAGCCAGUUGCUGCUUGCGCUAUGCCUGUGAUGAAAGGAUGGAGAGUGAAAACCAAUUCCGAUCUAACCCGCAAGGCCCGUGAGGGUGUCAUGGAAUUCUUGUUGGUUAAUCAUCCCCUAGAUUGUCCUAUUUGCGAUCAGGGUGGUGAGUGUGAUCUGCAAGAUCAAAGUAUGGCUUUUGGUAACGACAGGAGUCGUUUUGUCGAUAUACAAUUCACGGGAAAACGCGCCGUUGAGGACAAAGAUAUCGGACCUCUCGUCAAAACCACGAUGACGCGAUGCAUUCAUUGCACUCGUUGCAUCAGAUUCGCUUCGGAAAUUGCUGGAAUCGAUGAUCUGGGAACUACGGGCCGAGGAAAUGAUAUGCAGGUUGGAACGUACGUUGAAAAAAUGUUCCUGUCCGAACUCUCGGGCAACAUAAUCGACCUUUGUCCCGUGGGUGCACUUACGAGCAAACCCUAUGCAUUCGUGGCUCGACCUUGGGAGACGAGACGAACGGACAGUAUCGACGUAUUGGAUGCUGUAGGUAGCAACAUUGUCGUGUCUAGCCGAACGGGUGAAGUGCUGAGGAUACUUCCGAGAGUGAAUGAAGAAGUGAACGAAGAAUGGCUCUCCGACAAAGCUCGAUUCGCUUACGAUGGUCUCAAGCGCCAACGACUCAUAACACCUAUGGUCAAAAUUGACGGCAAAUUGCAAAACGUAGAAUGGGAGGACGCUCUUAUAACUGCUGCGAAAUCGUUGCAAGACGUUCCAUCGAACAAAUGUGCCGCUAUUGCCGGGAAGCUCGUCGACGCUGAAGCACUCAUAGUGAUGAAAGACUUUUUGAAUAAACUUGGCGGUGAGACACUCGCUACGGAACAGAGCUUCCCGAAAGACGGUGCUGGCAUUGAUCUUCGAAGCAAUUAUCUGCUCAACAACAAAAUCAUUAAUAUCGAGGAAGCGGAUGCGGUCGUAUUGAUCGGUACGAAUCCAAGGUUCGAAGCACCAUUGGUUAAUACGCGUCUCAGGAAAGGAUACCUGCACGGGGAACAAACGAUUGGUCUUAUCGGACCGAAAGUUGAUUUGACGUACGAGUACGAACACCUGGGUGAAUCAGCGGACCUCAUAUCAAAGCUUCAAAGCGGCAACCAUCCAUUCUGCGAGACCCUCAAAAAUGCGAAAAAGCCAUUAGUGAUACUUGGCGCUGAGCAACUGGUGCGAAAAGAUGGAGCCAAGAUCCUCGCAGAGACCCAAAAAUUGGCCAAAUCUUUGGGGGAGAACGCGAAAGCCCCUGCUGAAUGGAAAACUUUGAAUAUUCUCCAUACGAACGCGUCGCAAGUUGGUGCACUGGAUCUUGGUUAUGGCUCGACCGUGGAAGAAGUCAAACAACAACAACCCAAAAUUCUUUUCCUCCUUGGUGCUGACGACGCUAAUUUGAAGAGAGAAGAUUUCCCCAACACAUUCAUCAUUUAUAUUGGAAGUCACGGUGAUCAAGGUGCAUCGAUCGCCGAUGUAGUUUUAGCUGGAGCAGCGUAUACGGAAAAGACUGGAAGCUACGUCAACACUGAAGGUCGCGCUCAACAAACGGGCGCGGCGAUUACGCCACCGGGACUAGCUCGACCGGAUUGGAAAAUUCUUAGAGCCCUCGCAGAGAUCGCCGGUGUGUUUUUGCCCUACGAUACGAUAAGCGAGGUCCGGGCCCGAUUGGAAGAAGUCGCUCCUCAUCUCGUCAGAUACGGUGACGUUGAACCGGCUAAUUUCUUCGCUCAAGCUCUUGAGCUGUCUAAGCAAACCGGAAGCUCAUUCCUCCCCGAUCCAGUGGAUGUGAAACAAAAGUCACUGGAUCAAUUUUUCAUGACGGAUGUAGUGUCGCGAGCGUCUUCAACGAUGGCGAAAUGCGUACAAGCCGUAAUGAAGCAGCGACAACAAGCCCAACCAUAGGAUCCAUCAAGUCGCAUAUAAGUAUGAUAUCGUGUAAAUAGUUAGGAUUCUGUUAUGAUAAUAUCACUGAUUUAUAAAAUGUCUUUUUAUUGUUGAUGGAAAAUGAAUUUCAGAACGAACGUAAAUAAAAGAAAGAAACAAAAACCCGAUCGUUACGCAAGACUUUCAAAAUGUAUUGAUAACUGUAUGUAAGCCAAGGAAAAACAGUAAUAAAAUUGUAACAGAAUUCUAUGUCGCGUAUCUUACUAGUUGAAUGAAUCGUGUGAAAUAGUAUGUGAUAGUUGUAUAAGUUAUUUAACAAUAAAAAUAAAAAUCACUCCACAGAGUGUACACGGAGAA